CGACUAAAUACAGAAGAAAGAAUCGCAGAUGCAUAUAGGAGUAGUAAGCUAUAGUAAAGUAUACACAAGCCGUAAAUUUGUUUUCUUGAUUAAAAAAUGUCUAUAACAUCUAAAUUGAUUCUUGGAGCAAGUAUUGGGGUAUCAGGUGGAAUCAUUCUGUAUGUCCACUUGAAGCAAGAUUCUGACAUAGAAAAGCUUCACAUGGGAGUAAUGAAAGAUAUAGAAAGACAAAGAAGGAGAAAAAUUGAGAAUAUUUACUUACUUCAGCAACAAUCAGAAUUGACCAAAGAAUUUCAAAGAGAUAUUGCUGACAAAACCAAGGAUGGCAACGCUAUGCCAAGUUGAAGUGCGUGUCACUCCAUGUUUACACUUGUUAUUUCUAAGCUGAUAUAUUAAGUUUUGAUAUAUUCAAAAAUUUGUAAAUUUAUCGUGUAAAUAAAACAUUGAAAUACACCUUAAGUUUAUAUAUAAUUA